GUCAUGCGUCAUGACGUAGAGAAUGUGAGUGGCUGGAUGUCGUCCGAUUGCUUUGGAAAAGUCGUGCUUUGAAGACAAUCUACUAAUCCCCAAAACGUAAUGCAAUCGACUGAAAGGUGUCGGAUAUUUUUGGACAAGAAUCCGUUCGAUCUCGCCUCUGCUUCGAGUCGUUUGGGUGCACGUUGAAUCUUCGAGGCCUUCUAAGGUUAGCCUAGCCUAGUUUAGCAGCUAACAAAAGAGAACAAACAAUGCACCUGGAAUAAACACGUCGCCGAGCAAGCAAACGUCAAGUCCCAAAAUGUCAGAUGUGAGUCAAGCGCAUGGUCCUGAAUGCCUGGAGUCUGCUCGCAUGGAGGAAGAGGAAGAGUCGCCGUACAUCAAGAAGGUGGGGGAAGAAUAUGUCCACAUUAAAGAGGAGCAGGAGGAGUACUUCAUUAGACUGCAGAACCCCCACAUUGAGGAGCAGCAGCAACUUUAUCCCCUCAAAAAGGAGGACGACGACCCUCCAUAUGUUAAAAUGGAGGUGGUGGACAUCCCCAAGUGGACUGAUGAGCCCUUGAAGGGUGAAGAUGGAGGUCCGAGUGAAGCCAGCAGAGGGGCGGAGCUUCUUAGUGGCAGCAGUUCAAAAGGAUUCGAAGCAGAGAACCUCAUUGCUCGACCAUCAGAGAGUGACGACUUCACAUCACACUCGCUGUUCUAUCUACAUGUCAGCCAUGCCCAUCGUCUUGAGCACCAGGAGUCUGCAUGUGUCAAGGGGGAGGAGGAAGAGUCGCCAUGCAUUAAGGAGGAAGAGUCAGUUCACAUUAAAGGAUUCAGAAAAUAUCUUGAUGCCGAGCCAGAAUCUCCUGGCAUUAAAGAGGAUGUGGAGCGCCCCCAAAUCAAAGAGGAGGAGCCUGAGCCCUGUCAACAGAAGGAGAGAGAAGAGCACCUUCCAUUCAAAAAGGAGGAGGAGGAGGAGCUACCAUAUGGUAAAGAGGAGGUAAACGAGGUGCAUAUCACCAGGUUGACUGGUGAGCCCUUGAAGAGUGAAGUUGGUCCGAGUGAGGCCAGCAGAGGGGCGGAGCCUCCAAGCGAGAGGAGUAACAGCAGUUCAACAGAAGGAUUGCAAGCAGACAUUGCUCCAUCAGACAGAGAUGGCGCCAAGUCACACUUACCUUACAAAGAUGAUGGUCAUAAGACAUCUCACGGUGACGACAAACUCUGCAAAUGCUCUCAAUGUGGGAAAACCUUUGCUACUAAGCAAAGUUGUCGUAGGUAUAUGAGGAGCCACACUGGCGAAAAACCUUUUUCCUGCUCAGUUUGUGGAAAAGGAUUCUCUUCAAAGAGCGCACUAAUAAUUCACACAAGAACACACACUGGAGAAAAACCUUUUUCCUGCUCAGUUUGUGAUCAAAGAUUCAGUUUUCAGAGUACCUUAAAUCGACACACAAGAACCCACACUGGCGAAAAACUUUUUUCCUGCUCAGUUUGUGGAAAAGGAUUCACUUCAAAGAGAAAUCUAAUAAGUCACACAAGAACCCACACUGGAGGAAAACGUUUUUCCUGCUUAGUUUGUGAUCAAAGAUUUGCUCGGAAGCACCACUUAAAAGAUCACACAAGAACCCACACUGGCGAAAAACCUUUUUCCUGCUCAGUUUGUGAUCAAAGAUUUGCUCGGAAGCGAUGCUUAAAACGACACACAAGUAUCCACACUGGAGAAAAACCUUUUUCCUGCUCAGUUUGUGGAAAAGGAUUCUGUUCGAAGGGAGAACUAAUAAUUCACUCAAGAAUCCACACUGGAGAAAAAAAAAAUUCCUGCUCAGUUUGUGAUCAAAGAUUCACUUGUAAGCAACACUUAAAACGACACACAAGAACCCACACUGGCGAAAAACCUUUUUCCUGCUCAGUUUGUGAUCAAAGAUUUGCUCGGAAGCACCACUUAAAAGAUCACACAAGAACCCACACUGACGAAAAACCUUUUUCCUGCUCAGUUUGUGAUCAAAGAUUUGCUCGGAAGGAAUGCUUAAAACAACACACAAGAAUCCACACUGGAGAAAAACCUUUUCCCUGCUCAGUUUGUGGUCAAAGAUUUGCUCGGCAGCAACGCUUAAAACAACACACAAGAAUCCACACUGGAGAAAAACCUUUUCCCUGCUCAGUUUGUGGUCAAAGAUUCGCUCUGCAGCAACACUUAAAACAACACACAAAGUCACACACUGGCGAAAAACCUUUUCCCUGCUCAGUUUGUGGUCAAAGAUUUGCUCGGAAGCCAAACUUACAAAGUCACGAAAGAAUCCACACUGGCGAAAAACCUUUUUCCUGCUCUGUUUGUUGUCAAAGAUUCGCGCAGAAGGCUAUGAUAAAGAGACACGUGUGUGUUGGUGUGGGAAGCAGUCGCUAUUGACUGUUUUGCCUGUCAUCUGUGCUGACUUUGAAAUUUUGCAUGCCGGACGACUAUUCCGUUGAGUUUUCUUUAAUCCUGUUGAGGAUUGGCACUUUUGGUACCUUGCUUUGUCCAAUCGUUGUAUGAUGUGCAUCCACCCUAUUGCCAAAACCUCAACUGAUUGAACUCUCUCAAGUUAAGUAGCAUAUUUUAUAUAAUACUCUCUGUCUUAAACUGUACUUUUCACAUUUAUUAUUCAAAGCGACAGACCCCAAAUUCCAAAAAUUCAAAUCAUAGAUAAUUAAUGUCAUUAUAUAAAUAUGGAAAAUUAGGAUAUAUUGUUCAAUGUUGCAAAAUAAUAAUAAAAGAAAUACUGGCUAACAAAUUAGUUUUCUGUGGUGGGAUUAAUGUAUAUUUCAUUCUUUAAAAAUUCUCUUACAUUCCUACUCGUGAUUGACAGGCAUGUUACAACAGAGUAUGAGGGCCCCAUAAAGGGUGUUGGGGAAAAAAUAAAAUGUUUUGGUGUAUCAUUUUUGUUAAAAAAUUUAUAAUCACUAACACAUAAAACGCACAAAAAUUAGUGUAUUUAAUUUUAGAGACUAAAUUUAUGUUGAAAAUGUUUUUGUUUGUUAAUAACAUGGUCAUCACCUGACACCUUGCUUGCUACAAGGGGCACAUUGAAUAAGGCGCUAUAGACCCUACCCACGUGACGUCACAACUCCUUCCUCCUGACUGGUGCCGCCCAAUUGUCCGUCAACACAUCAUGUUUACCUGUUACGGCUACGUACAUUCCUCCUAUUUACGACGUGUUUUUCUGCUCGUUAACAUUAAUAAUCAAAAUGGUGAAGGCGUGUGUGGCGGUCGGUUGCAAUAACAGAGAAGAUAGACGGAGAAGACGGAGAGACUUGAAGUUCUACCGGAUUCCGAGAGACCCGGAGAGAAGAGAGCGAGAUGGGCUGCUGCAAUUCGACGAGAAAACUGGGCUCCAAAUGAUUACCACAGAUUAUGUAGUAGUCAUUUUAUAUCUGGUAAGAUGCAUUUAAAUAUAUAUUUAGAGGGUUUUGGGCUGACAACCACAAUUAAGAUCAUUGCUAGGCUAAUCGCCGACAACAUACACGUAUGUAUGUAGUGCUAUCGCUUAACCAUAUAAACAUUAAAAGCCCUAACUCCAUUGACAAACGACAUGAAAUACAUUAGACUUGACAGUGGAUGUUAGCGAUAACAAAAGAUUUUGAAUUGAAAAUUUCGUAACUCACCUUUCCAAGCGCAAGAUAGAUUCCUGCCGAAUUUUCGUGGACGAGGACCUGUUUCCCCCAACCAGCAACGAAGUAUUUAUAAGCCUCCAAGCUCUUAAAGUUAUUCAAACUUUCGUGAGAAUAGGCUGAUUUUGUGUGGACAAGAUAGUUGUACAUAUCAGGGUAGCUAGCAGAUGUCAGGCAAAUACGGCGGAGACAGCGGGUCGAAAAACAUUGAUUUAGGCAUCAAAUAUGGAUCUGGCGAAUGGAUAAACUGAAGCUUUUCCACAUAACGCCUUUUAUGCAACGCAUCAAGUGAGUUUACGGCAUCCGAAAGCACUGGGUCUUCCAUGAAAUGCAUUAUAAAUUGCUCGAUCAAUUGAGACCAUUGAUAAUACAGACACAAAAUGACGGACAAGGGGGCGGAACCAUACAGCGAGCACGUGAUUUUGUGACGUCGGUGGGUAGGGUCUAUAGGAACGGAAAGGUUCUCUGUUGACAGAGGAGGCGUAAACAGUGACAUUUUCUAAAAUUCAAUUGAAGGUCGAAAAUGAAGAUGAUUAUGUUGAUAGUUCUGUAAUAUUGCCCACUGAGGAAAAGUUAGCUGCAGAUUUAGGCUGGAGUCCAGAAAGGAAAUCUAUCUGUGGUGUCUUCAAAUAAGUAGGGUAUUUUUUUUUUUAGCUAUAAUAUUAUUAGUUGUUGCUGUUGAGCUUCCGCCGUGUAUAGCGCUGUUGGUUAUGUGUUCAAAUUUAUUUUAGUGUUGUGAAAAGGGGGUGUUAAACCGAGGAUUAUUGGACCUUUUAGUUUUGAAAUGUGUUUUUGUGUCAUUGCGCCGUCUAGCUGUGGGGAUUUGCACUUUUAAUUCCAAUACCUGAGCUCCAACAUGCACAGUAGUUGAAAUAGAAAUUUGUCUUUGUAGUAGCCUCGUACGUAAACUAUCCGGCAUGCGUGUGUACGGCCGUCGUGCACGCCUUGUGUGGAAUAACAUAGAAAUUUGGAUGGAAACGGCUGUUUUUGGAUGGGGAAAACCUAAAACAGAUUCUCCGCUUCAAGCGCCCAUGUAUCAGCCCCCGCCGAUGAAAAUCUCAUCUCUGCUUCGAACUUGAAAGUGCUUGCACCUCACCGCCCAUAAUUAAUACCCUGUUUUUAUUCAGUCCACUACAUUUAAAUGUACUUUUCAUAUUUUAUCCUGAUUUUAUGUGAUAUAGACCCCAAUCACCAACGUCACACAAUCACGUGAUCGCUGUAUUGUGCCGCCAUAUUGUCCGUCAUUGUGUGUCCGUAUUGUCAAUGAUCGUAGUUUCUAAAGGUGGAUUCACUUGCAAAUUAUGGAAGCCCCGGUGCUUUCAGACGCCGUAAACUCAUUGGAUGAGUUCAUAAAAGCCAUCAUUUGGAAAAGCUUCGGUUGAUCCAGUCGCCAGAUCCAUAUUUGAUGCCCAAAUUCCGGUCCCGUCCCGUGCAAAAACCUUCAGUCAUAAUACAGUUGAUGUCACGAUGAGGCGUCGGGUACCCAAAAUCGGCACCGGCCCGAAUAUAAACCGACAUUUGGGCAGCUGAGCGUCACCAUUGUCGCGAUUGUAAAAUGAAACUUGAUUUCCCUCCUGACGGGAGCGCUUAGUUAUAACCAGGGGUGCACAUAUUUUUUUUGCCCAGGUUCUCAGAGGUGGACCUGGAGAUGUGACUUGGUCCUCAUUGAGCUUGAGAUCCGACCCGCCCGAUGCGAUAAAAUUAUGACAAGCUUUACUUGGAGCCAAUUAACUUUAAUUAUAUUAACAAUUAAUGCUUGAUUAACAUCAACUGGACUAACAAAAUUGCCAUUACUUUGAAGUAAAAUGUAAAGAAAUAAACAUAAAAGCACCAUUUCAAAAUAAAGGGUAUUAUGCGGCUCCCACAUUAACUCCAAGCCUUUGUAAAAGUGGGAUGUCCUCCUCAUAAGACCUCAUUGAACGUGCAUGUUUAGCUUUGUAAAAUGCGAGCAAAAACACGUUUGACAGUGCAUGGCGCUGUUUUCAUUACCUUUAUUCCGCCACUUGUCCAUAGGGCGAGUGGGGUCCUGUCUGACAUCGAUAGUUUGCUUAGUUGACACAUGCUGUUUUUUUCGUGCAUUUCAAAGUUCGGAUGGCUGAAAUUCUUUGACCCUACAUAAAAUGCGCUGCUCUUAUCAGCGACAUUGGGAUUCUCACGGCACAUUUUGUACAGCAUUUCCGUGCGAGCAUCUGCUGCUAAUCAGUACAUGUAAUGUCUGAGUAAGAUUGAUGUUCAAUUUGACUACAAUUCUGUUUUGUGUCACAGCCGAGACAACAUUAGCUUUGCUAAACGGUAGUUAUACAACGCUAAAGAAAUGGGAAACAUUCAUCUCCUACUAGUCACACAAAAUGCAAGUGUUCCAAGUUAAUUGUUUACAGGUGGAAACGCUGUUAGGUAUA